AUGUCAAAAGACACUGUCCCAGAAAAAUAGCAAGUCCUUUAAGAAAGUACAUAAGAACAAGCACAAUAAACAUAAAUAGAAGGAUAAAAUCAAUAAGAACAAUAAGUGAAACAGGAUACUCAAAUAAAAGUUGAGAAUUAAGAAAACUAAGAAAAACAGGAAAUAGCUACAGAAUAAGUUAAAUAAGAUAAGGAAGACAUUAAAGAAAAUUAACAAUCAUCAUAGACAUAAGAAUAAAUCAUACAGAAGGAUGUUGAAUCUGAAAUUACUAAAAAUGAAAAUAAUAUAGAAGAAAAUUAAGUAAAAGAGUAAUAAGAAAAAUAAUAAAUAACUGAAAAAGGUGAAGUAAUUACUACAUAAAAUUUGGACAAUAUAUUCUUAAAAGCUGAUUAUAAUUUUCCUGUAUUUUUUCAUAUUCUAUAUGUUAGAUUGAAAUAAAAGUGAGUGAUCCUGUUUAAAAGGGGGGAAAUAUUUCAACUUAUUAUGUUUACACUAUCAAAGGAAAAGAUUGCUUUGGAGAAUUUGAAACUUAAAGAAGAUUUAAUGAAUUCUAUACAAUAAGAGAAUUACUCUUAGUUAAAUGGCCUGGAUAAUAUGUACCACCAAUUCCUGAGAAAUCUGUUAGUACUGGAUCAGAGAUAAUCAUUGAAAGGACAAGAUUGCUUAAUAUAUUUUGUAUGAAGAUGAUGUAGAUUAAGCAUCUCUAUUAUUCAGAAGAAUUUUAUGAUAUCUUUUUAAGGUCAACAAAUCCUGAUUUAAAUAAAGUAUUUUGAUAUAUACUAUAUAAAUAGUAAUUAGCUUAAAUACCUAAAUAAAAUGUAUUUGCUUACACAGAUAGAUAUAAAUAAACAUUUCAAAUCAAUGAGAUUAAAGAAAUCUCACCUGAAAUGAUUAAGAAAAUGAGUGGAGUUUAAUCAUUUUUAAAAUAAUCUUAAAUCUCUUUGACAAAAUAAUUAGAACAAUCCAAAUCUUUAAGUUCUAGUCGAAAAUAGUUGAAGGAAACCUUUUUCACAAUAUUUGGACUUAACAUAUCUGAAUAUGAAAAAUAAAUUCUACAGGAAUGGGUACCUUAAAAUAAAUUGAUAUUUGCUAAUCCUGCAAAUACAGAUAUUUUAGAACUAACCAAAAAGAUUGUAUUAUUUAAUAACUAAAUAUAGAGAGAUCCAUGUAAUAAUUCUCUUGAUAAAAUAUAAGAUUUAAUCUCAACAGAGAUAAGAGAUAUUGAAGCAUUUUUAUAAGCUUUUUAAACUAGAGAUUCUCUAAUGUAAUCAAAAUAGAAAGCAGAAUAAAAGUUAAGUGAAGAAUAAUCAGAUUUAUAUAAAAUUAUGAAAGGAAAUUCAACAAUGAAAGGUUCUUUUAGUAAACUAAGUUUGGAAGAAUAAAAAUCAAAAUUAGAAUUAUAAUUAAAUGAAGUAAUUUUAUUAAUAAUAUUUAGACUCAAAAAGAGGUUGAUUAAUAUAAAUUAUUAUUUUAAUUGGUUACAGAUGUUUUGACAUCAUAUACAAUUGAUAAAUUUAAAAAAGAUAAACAUUAAACUUACAAAUCUAUUCUGGCAGAUUUAGCAUAAUGUGAAUAAUAAUAUUUGGAAAUCUAAUAAUAAUUUUGGUCUAAAGUAUAAUAAGUAAUAGCAUAAAAUUAAGAACCUUGA